CGUUACCUCGCUGCUUAGACCCUCUCCGAAGACCGUCUCGCAGUUUCUCGACCCAUCGGCACCUUCGCCGGACACGAGCCAUGAGGUUAGCGCCGUCGGUGAUCGUUCUAAUUCGGGACGUCGACGGCUUCGGUCAUGCCAUCGCCGAUGGCUUCCGUUCCGAUCCGAAAUCCAACCUCUCGAGGGAAAGUUCCUCCUUUGAACUCUCGUUGGAGAAAUAUGGCUUUAAGGACCGUAAAGCCUCCGGCGAUCUUAUCCAGUUUGUCGACCCGCUUGGAUCCCCUAAGGUGUCAAUCUUCCUUCUGCAAAAUUACAGUCCACCUGUUGUUGCAUACGCUAUCAAGGAACUAUUAGCAUCACUUCCUAGUCAGACUACAUUGGUACUUCCUUUUGUGAUGAAAGCCCUCAAGGUUAACAGGGGAGCAAUGGACAAACCAUCCGCUAAUGAGGACUUUGUGAUCUACACAACUGAAAUUGGUGGUACAUCUGAACUCACUAAGGCCAUGAUUGAUGACACAAUCAGUGCGCCUCCAUCCUUGCAAAUUCAUUGCGAAUCUCUGGCUUGCUUGUUGCUGAUGGUGCGAAUUCUAAAUCUGCCAACAGUUCUCCUCCUUGCAUCUGGUCCUAGGCACCCUAAUGGACAAUCUAGCUAUCCUGAGCUUGAGGUUCUGGAGAAGUUGGGAGGGACAGUAGCCAGGCAUUUGGGUCUUAUCUUCUCUAAGGACUUGAUUCCACAAAAGAACAUUGAGAAGUCAACUAGCGUUGGAGAGCCAUGGCGUGCAUUGUAUGGAUGAACGCUUGGCUAGCACUUUUCCCUUAAAACCAGACGCUGUUCUUGUUGCAUGUUGAAAGAUCUUGAGGCAGUUCAGAAGAUCUAUUACUUUUGCCACAAGUAUUGUUAUUUUGCACUGAAAUUGAUAUUCGAUCUGGAAGGUUAUCGAUUUGGAUUCAGUUGUAAUAUAGAAUUUUAUACUUUAUACGAAUACAUUUCAUGUCUA